GAAGGCAGAGCUAGGCUUAUCAAGCCCACUGCUAACACGGGACAUAUUUGACCCAUGCCAGUCCGAACGCCCGGCACAGCGCCCCGACGUGCGCCACCACCACGCGACGUCUUUUACGUCCGCUCGGGCGUCGUUUCAGCGCGUGCGCACGUCACCCACUCAGAAAGCGUAGGCGAACCAAGAUGGCGGCCGUGGUGGAGAAUGUUGUCAAACUGCUGGGUGAGCAGUACUACAGAGAUGCCAUGGAACAGUGCCAUAACUAUAAUGCUCGUCUGUGUGCGGAGAGGAGUGUGAGGAUGCCCUUUCUUGACUCACAGACUGGCGUUGCCCAGAGCAACUGCUACAUCUGGAUGGAGAAGAGGCAUAGAGGACCAGGUGUGGCCCCAGGGCAGUUAUACACAUAUCCAGCACGCCGGUGGAGGAAGAAGAGGAGAGCUCAUCCACCUGAAGAUCCGCGACUGGCUUUUCCCUCACUGAAGUCAGAGCUGGACUUAGGUCUGAAGAAGGACCUCCUGAGCUCCAGUGAUGGGAGCAGUCUGGAGGCUCUGCUGAGGGGGGAGCCUCUGGAGAAGAGGGCCACCAUGGAGCUCCGCCCAGCCGAUGACGAGCCUGCACACACAGAGUUCUCUACUGGAGGUCUGAACCCAGCUACUAGAGUCAGGAAGAGAAUCCUGGAGCCCGAUGACUUCCUGGAUGAUCUGGAUGAUGAAGACUAUGAGGAAGAUACCCCUAAGAGACGUGGCAAGGGUAAAGGGAAGGGGCGGGGCGUCAGCAGUGCCCGCAAGAAGCUUGAAGCAGCGGCCGCUCUGGAGGACCGCGACAAGCCCUACGCCUGCGACAACACUUUCAAACAAAAGCAUAUUUCAAAACCUUCCGAACGAGUCUGUGGGAAGCGCUACAAGAACAGGCCAGGGCUAAGCUACCAUUACGCCCACUCUCAUUUGGCUGAGGAGGAAGGGGAGGACAAAGAGGAGGUGGAGCUUCAGGACCAGACUCCACCCCCACAGGAGGAGCCUAAGACCCCUAAGAAGGGUCCUGAUGGUUUGGCCCUGCCCAACAACUACUGUGAUUUCUGUUUGGGGGACUCCAGCCUGAACCAGAAAACCGGCCAGUCAGAAGAGCUCGUGUCCUGCUCCGACUGUGGCCGCUCUGGUCACCCUUCAUGUCUGCAGUUCACCCCAGUGAUGAUGGCAGCGGUGAAAACGUAUCGCUGGCAGUGCAUCGAAUGCAAGUGCUGCAACAUGUGUGGAACGUCGGAGAACGAUGACCAGCUGCUGUUCUGUGAUGACUGUGACAGAGGCUAUCACAUGUACUGCCUCACCCCUCCCAUGUCUGAACCCCCGGAAGGAAGUUGGAGUUGCCAUUUGUGUUUGGAACUGCUGAAAGAGAAGGCGUCCAUAUAUCAGAACCAGAAUGCACCCCCGUCAUGAUGGUCCCACUGGAAACGCUGACCAACUGAUCUCGGUUCCCGGCUUUUACAGCGGCCACUCAAUGAGUGACGAGGGAGUUGGACACGAGCUGCUGGGAACCAGCAGACAGAUGCCUAUGUAACCUAGCCUCACAUACACAGAGAGAGGGAGGAAGGAAUGGACAGAUGGACGGAGAGAAAGAAAUCCAUCCAUCCUUCCUCCCUCCAGUAGUUUGCCCUCACCUCUUGGCAGGUUUGAUCCUAAUAUGACUGUUACACAGUUCAGAGUUUUAGAUUACCCAUUGCUUUUUGUUUUCAACUAUUAAUCUCAGCAGCUAAUGGUGAUUAACUGACUAACAGAACCCUAAAGGUCAAACGAACACGCAACUGUCCGCAUUGCUCAGUGCGCACUUAGGUUAACAAGAUCUUUUAUGAGAAUAUAUGACUCUGUUUUUGAGUUCCUGCUCAUAGUAGACCUACCCACCAGUUAGCUACUCCAGAAUGAAAUGUAAAACCGCUUGAUAUCUGCCAAAAAAAACCCCAAAUCCCUACGCUUCCUUACAUGGCGUCUACAGGCCCCCUUCAUAACGGUGGUCCUUUUCUAGCAGACAGUAAUAGUUGAAACCAAUUAGCUUGUCGAUGCUUGUUCAUAAUAAGAGAAAUAGUAGAGUGGAUUUUGUAUAUUUAUAUAUUUGUACAGCAUGGAAAAAAGGUGUGAUGUAUUUAAAGUAGUGGAUGAUGAAAGUAGUUGGUUAUUAUUAUAGUGAGCUCCAAGCGUCAUUUGCAGAAACGCCCUCGGAGCGGGACCGAGGUGCGUGUGACUUGGGUACACGUGCUCCACAUGCAACUGCUAUGUAGUCAACCGUUACUUUAUAGCUGAAGGGUGCGCCAAUGACUGACUGGUUGUCAGUGGUAACUGACUCACAGUAAUGCCUCUCUUUUGCCUUGUAUUUUUUAAUUUUUUUUUUUUUUAAACAUAUUCAAGAGAUCAUUUAAUCCAUAAUUUCACUGAAAAAUUCCACAUCCUCUCUGGACUGGGCAGUGUAUAACCAGCCAAGCCCCAAUGGUUCAGUGAAAUGCAUCAGAUUCUUAAGGUCCCUUAGAGUUCCCAGUUAGCAGUGUUGAAGUAUAUUGAGUCUCUUGACUAUGCAGAAGGUGGAAUUUAACACUGAAGCAAGGUUUGCAAUUGUAUAGUAAUUUGAUAAUGUCCUCAUUACAUAAAGAUAAGGGAUGUGCAUUCGUCAACAUAGCUGUCCAUCAGUGCUAUAAUACUGAAUAAUGGAUGGUCAAGCACCGUUUGACAUUAAUACAACUACGUCAUUUGGAGGUGCUUUAAUACCAUCCUGUAGUUUAAAAAGGCUUAAUAAAAGGUGUGUAGUCUGUUCAAAGUCAGGCUUCUCAAUUAAAGAUAUUUUUAAAGCAGUUGAUGUAUUUAAUGAGUAAUAUAAGACAUCAAACUACUUUUGUCAUUCAGUUUGAGGGUUCAAUUUCCCAGUGGUGGAAAUGUCUGCAUCGAAUGGUUUUUAAACUCCAAAAACUCCAUCUUGUGAGUUUGCCAAUUUGCAAAAAUCUGUAGUUUCUGAUUUGAUUUACUGAUUAAUCAACUAAUUUGUGGCGAUUUGAUUCUGUAGACAUUAGUGUAUAUCUGCUUCAUGAACCUAAAAAUGUAAGAACAAAAUCCCAGUUAGCAGGAUGUGGGUCUCAGGUCGUCUGUUUGGACUCCAUUACCCAUUGUGCUUUUGAGGUCGCUGCAAAACUGAAUCCUUCUCCUGGCUGUGUGUGUGUCAUUUGUCGUUUAGCAAUAGAGUACCAACCUUUCUAUCUGUACAUGCACAGAUGUUACAAAAGUUUCCAGUGAGGGAUCUGUUCCUUUUUUUGUUUGUGGUUGUUAAAGAUUAUUUUUUUGUUUCUGGUGGCACCAUGUGAGAGAACUACAGAGAUUGUUUUUAAAUGUUAUUUUUCUUUUGAAUUCCCUCAGAUAUGUUUGUAGUUUAAAAACAAAUAUGAAUUGAGAAUUUUGAUUAGUAUAAGGGUGUUUUUUAGGAUUAGCAUAAUAUAAGUUAAUUUUGCUCAAGAAUCAUAUAAUGUAAUUCAAUUUUAAUUUAGUGUAAUCAGUAUAUGUAAAGUGGCUUAGGAGAUCUUUUGACUGUAUUCAAAAUCAAUGAAAAUUCAAACAAUGAAAUAUUUGGUUUUGUUGAAUAAUAGGUUCUGACUAAAAGAUCCUGUACCUUGUGAUAGAUACUGUCAGACCCUUUAUUCCUCAUGCAUAUUAGAUACUCACAUCAACUCGAUUUCUAUGCCUUCAAAGUAGUCAAGACUGAACAUUGUCCUCUAUUUUUGUAUUUGUUGAUGAGGCAAAUACUUCAUCAGUUGGCAGUACUUUUUAAGUAUUUGCUUAAGUAUUGCCUGUCCAUAUGCUAGAGUCCACCCACCGUCAUAGCUCUGUAACCAUAUGCAUCUUGCCCGGAUAAUGCCAUUUAUACAACUCCACUCAUGCUUGUGCUCGCCUCAUUCCGCUCCCAGUACUGGCACAGUAACCUUUUUGGGGAAAAGUUUUGUUAUAUUAUUUAGCUCUGCGAUUAUAUCUGUAGCCAACUAACGAUUAUUAACAUGGUAAAUAAACUUUUUUUCUUUUCAGCCUGUGAAUUUCUAGAACAGUGGCCAUUAAAACAUUCUUUUUUUUCCCCCCAUAUUUUGGCAAGUAUGUUAGGUUGCUGUAAGUAAUUUUUAGGGGUUUACUUGGAUUUAUGAUGGAAUGUUUUGCUUUAUGGUACAAGUUUUGACUUUUUUGUUCUUCAAUGAAAAUAAAACUAUUUGGCACAGAG